AUGGCUGCAAUCGAUGAUCAUAAGCAGCUUCAUGUGGCGAUGUUCCCAUGGCUUGCUUUCGGUCACAUCAUCCCUUUCCUCGAACUCUCCAAAUUUAUAGCCCAAAAGGGUCACAAAGUCUCGUUUCUUUCGACCACUAGAAACAUUCAACGUCUCCCCACCCUCCCUUCCCACCUCUCCCCACUCAUAUAUCUUGUUAAACUUACUCUUCCACAUGUUCAAGAGCUGCCCCAUAAUGCCGAGGCUACCAUGGACCUCCGCACUGGUGAAACUCAUGAGUACCUCAAGAAAGCCUUCGACGGUCUUCAGCCAGAGGUCACUCGGUUUCUUGAGGAAGAGUCACCAGACUGGAUUAUUUAUGAUUUUGCUCCUUACUGGCUGCCGUCUAUCGCGGCUGGCCUUGGAAUAUCGAAAGCCUUCUUAUCGAUGCCAAACGCAUGGUUCAUCGCUUUUAGGGGACCGUCGAUGGACUUGAUAAAUAAUACUGAUGGUCGAACAACGGCUGAGGAUUUUAUGACACCGCCCAAGUGGGUUACCUUUCCGAGCAAACUAUACUACCGGAAGCAUGAGGCUAAAUGGAUGGUGGACAGGCUUUCUGUGAAUGCUUCUGGUGUUUCAGAUGCAUAUCGUUCGGGGAUGGUUUUGAAGGGAUCUGAUUGUUUAUUUAUAAGACAUAGCUAUGAAUUCGAACCCCAAUGGCUAACCCUUUUGGAGGAGCUACACCACAUACCAGUGGUGCCCGUGGGAUUAAUGCCGCCCGAAACACCCACCAACGUCGGAGAUGAGACGUGGGUGACAAUUAAGAAGUGGCUCGAUGGUCAACAAAAAGGUCAUGUGGUGUAUGUGGCACUAGGAAGUGAGGUUAUGCUGAGCAAAAGCGAGCUGGCGGAGUUAGCUGUGGGCCUCGAGCUCUCCGGAUUGCCAUUCUUUUGGGCUCUUAGAAAGCCGGUAGGUUCCACUGAGUUAAGCUUGCCAGAUGGGUUCUCAGAACGAACUAGUGACCGUGGGGUGGUGUGGAAGAGUUGGGCACCUCAGUUAAAAAUACUGCGCCAUGAGUCGGUGGGUGGUUUCUUGACUCACUGUGGUUGGAGUUCAAUAGUGGAAGGGCUCAUGUUCAGUCACCCUCUAAUUAUGCUACCGUUUGUGGUGGAACAAGGUUUGAAUGCUCGAAUACUGGUGGACAAACAGGUGGGAAUCGAGAUACCACGAAAUGAGGAAGAUGGCUCCUUCACCAAGGAGUCGGUGGCCAGGUCAGUGAGGUCAGUUGUAGUCGAGGAUGAAGGGAAGAUCUACAAGGCGAAUGCGAUGAAGUUGAGUCAAAUAUUCGGAGACACUGAGCUGGAACAAAACUAUAUUAACAAUUUCAUAGACUAUUUGGAAAAGAAGAGGCGUGUGGUUAGUAUGUGAGUUGUUAGGUUUGUUUACUUGAUCAAAUGUUAUUUGAAUAAAUGAAGUAUUUUGUUCUGCACGUAAGAAAUCACUGUUUGAUAUGUUGAAUCACCAUGUGUUUUGUGGAUC